UUGGACAUCUAUGGUAAGAGAACUGGUCUUUGGACACCAUGUUUGUGAUCAAGGUGACUUUUGGCCUAUUGGCCCAGCUCCUUGUCUUCUCUGUUAGAGCUGAGGAGAUGCCUGUUGUUGAGGACAAGUCUGCUCAGCUGUCUGUGUCUGAACUGCUGCACAGAGCCAACAGAGGCAUCAUUCCUGAACCUGAUGAGCCCAAGCUAAUGGAUGACAUUGCUGUGAAUGAGAGAAAUGCUGAUCCCUGCACCUCCUAUGGCUGCCUCUGGCCCAAAUACAGCGACGGCAUGAUUUAUGUGCCUUAUGUCAUCGCCAACCACUACUCCUCCCGUGAGCUGGAGAUCAUCAAGCGUGGCCUGGACUCUUUCUCCUACAGCACCUGCAUCCGCUUCUUCCCCCGCAGCAAUGAGAGAGACUAUAUCAGCAUUGAAUCUCGCAGUGGAUGCUACUCAUACGUUGGUCGUCAGGGUUAUGCCCAGACUGUGUCUCUGGACCGUAAUGGUUGCGUUUACCACAGCACUGUGCAGCAUGAGCUUCUCCACGCUCUUGGCUUCAACCAUGAACAGACUCGUAGCGACCGUGACAAUCACAUCCAAGUCAUCUGGGAGAACAUCGCUGAUGACAUGAAGUACAAUUUCAACAAAAUCGACACUCUAAACCAGGGAACUCCUUAUGACUACAGCUCUGUGAUGCAGUAUGAGAGAUACGCCUUCUCCAAGAAUGGCCUCCCCACUAUGGUUCCCAUUCCUGACAAUAAUGCUGCGCUGGGCACAUCUACCGAGAUGAGCCAGAAUGACAUCAUCAGAAUCAACAGGCUCUACCAGUGCUGAGCAGUGAAAAUGCAUUUAGCACCCAGACUUGCAGUGCAGAGGAAACAAUUCACUGAAGAUCCAAAGUCUCAUGGAUGUUGUUGACUACUGUGCUGAACCAGCAUCAUUCUAUCAGAUGUGUUAAGCAAAAUAAUA